AUGAUAAUCGAAGAAGAAAUCGAGUCCACGCUAAAAACGUGGAAAACUCACAAUAUUAUCAAGAACCUUGCACCUGGAGAUGAACUCAACAGUAUAAAUAAGUUUAUAUUGACAAAGCGCACCGAAGCAAGAAAUAUAAAGUCUAGUACCCAACGUACAUUAGCUCUAGACUCACUUGACUCUACCAAAACAAGUCUACAAGAAUAUUCAAAGAUCCCGCCAAAUGGUUUGGUUGUAUAUGCAGAUGCUACACCAAGGAAAAGAGAGAAAAAUGGAGACACAAAGAUUUCUUUUGAGCCAUCUAAACCUAUAUCAAAAACCAUGUAUAUUCGUAGCAAUCACUUCCACAUAGAAACCUUGAAAAAACAACUCGAGGUUGAUGUUGAAUUUGGGGUCAUUAUUAUGGAUGGGAAUAGUACGCUCUUUGGCAUACUUUCCGGAAACGACAGGAGAGUGCUACGAGAGGUACGCUCAGAAGUUCCUAGCCAAAAGAGUCGUAGAGGAAACAGCUCAAAUCAUGUAUCAAAAAUAUGCAAUGAGAUUCGCCAUAAACACAUCAAGCAAAUCUGCGAACUUGCAGUUAAUUAUUUCAUUAAAGAUAACAAGUGUAUUGUAGAAGGAAUUAUUCUGGCCGGCUCGGCGGGAUUGAAGUCUGAACUCUACAAGUCAAGCCUUUUAGACUGUCGCCUUCGAGAAAGAGUGUUCAGUGUGGUGACCACAGACCACUGUGGAAAAACAGGUUUUUAUCAAGCUGUGAACCUGGCUUCAAAUGAUAUAAGGGGAAGAAAAAUCCUCAAAGAAAGACACUUGCUCCAAAACCAUCACGAAGAGACGUUGAAAAAUGCCAGUAAAUCAUGUUAUGGUGUAAUAGAUACCGUAAAUGCACUCAAGAACGGCUUGAUCCGUCAUUUAAUUAUCUGGCGCGGCUUAAAUUACGUGCGUUAUGACUUGAAUGACAGCCAACAGAACAGACGUGUUUUUAACAUAAGUGAAGAACAAGCGGAGGAGCUUGGGCCGUGUUCUGUUCAAGAAUUUCUCGAGGAAUACACUCAAAUGGAACUUUAUAGCACUACAUCUUUGGUUGAAUGGAUACUUGAAACUUGCGCACAGUUUGGGACAAUGGUUAAUAUGGUGUCUGAGUGUUCUGAGGAAGGUCUUCGCUUUGUUAAACAAUACGAAGGAUUAGGUGGAAUUUUUUACUACAAGAUAGAGCUUACAAAUAUUGAUCCAAAGACAUUUAAAGAUGAAAGUAGAAAUCACUACUAA